AUGUCCACGACGCCAAGCGCUAGCGGCGUACCCUCGCCUCUACCCAUACCAACUGUCGACAAGAUGAGCGCCGCCGACCAAUUCCGAUCUGCUGUCUCCCAGCCCACAGUGGCCGCCUUUUGCGCCGGCGGUGUUGCCGGUGCCGUAUCCCGAACGGUAGUCUCGCCCCUCGAACGCCUCAAAAUCCUCUACCAGGUCCAAAGUAACGGUCGCGAAGCGUACAAGCUUAGUGUGGGCAAGGCGUUGGCGAAAAUGUGGAGGGAAGAGGGUUGGAGAGGAUUCAUGGCUGGCAACGGCACCAAUUGCAUCCGUAUCGUGCCAUAUUCGGCGGUGCAGUUCGGCAGCUACAACUUCUACAAGCGAAACAUUUUUUGA